AUGACCAGGGUUCCUUCCGGAGCGAGAUCAAGUCCCUUUCUUCUCUCGGCGACUGUUCAUCAUCAUUUACACAAGUCUGAGGAAGAUUACCCGCAAACAGCCGCUCUCCUCUUGCGUAGUUUCUACGUGGACGACCUAGUUAUCAGCGUGGACACAACGGCAGAUGCAGAAAUACUAUACGAGGAGACUUGCCAGAUUUUCUGUAAUGCCGGCAUGAAGGUAAAGAAAUGGGUCACAAAUGAUGACACCUUACUCCGACGGAUGUUUCAAGACUCCAAUGCCUCAAUCGAGUCAGUCACGGGCCAGACAAAGAAGGUGUUAGGGGUGAUAUGGGACCUGCAACAGGACCAACUCCAGUGUUCUCUUGCAGCAGUGAGCUCCUCUUUGGAAAACGAAGUUACUAAGAGACAAGUUCUACAGACCGUUUCGAAGAUAUACGACCCACUCGACUUGAUAUCCCCCUUUUCGAUUACCGGGAAAAUCCUCUUUCAAGGGAUUUGGUUGGCGGGCUUGGCGUGGGAUGAUCCUUUGCCAGAAGACUUAAAAGUCACUUGGGACCGUUGGAGUGCGGAGGUACAGGAGUUGACAGAGCUGGCCGUUCCUCGGUUCAUAAACGGUCCGUCGUCUAGUGCAGCUACUAUGGUUCAUCUCUUCGCCGGUGCCAGUCCGGUCGCAUACGGCGCUCUAGCCUAUAUCGAGACGACGUCGGAAGACGGUGGUUCCUGCGCGGAAUUCCUGCUGAGCAAAAGCAGAGUCGCUCCCAUCAAACGUCAAACACUACCAAGGCUUGAGCUCAUGGCUGCCCUACUUGCGGCGCGCCUAUAUCGGUUCGUCUGCGAUGCCCUAGAGAUGCAGCUAGACUAUGUCUGCUGGACUGAUUCCUCCAUAGUCUUGCAUUGA